AUGAGUGAAAAGGAAGGUGGUAAUAUCCGACCUGAUCACUACAUGCGGGAUUUCAGAGAUUGCAUCAAGGACUGCGGGUUACAGGAAGUGAUGAUGAUUGGUGAUACUUUCACAUGGAGCCGAGGAGCUGUCAGAGAGCGGCUUGACAGGGCUCUGAGCAACGAGAUGUGGGCAGAAAAUUUUCCUUAUGCGGCCUUAGUGCAUGAACAUCAUAUCCACUCGGACCACAGGCCUAUUUUGCUUGACACUGAGUAUUUCAAAGGGCUCAUGGGGCAACAGCAAAAUCGGAAACGAAUGUUUGAAGCCCGCUGGUUGGACGAAGGGACAGUGAACGAGAUUAUCAAUUCGGCUUGGGAGCGUGCCAAGUUAGCUGGAUUAGGUCCCUCCCUAGCGGACCGCACAAAGGCUGUGCUGAAUGAUUUGCACGAGUGGGAUCGUGAGACCCUCAAGAGUCCCAAGAAGAGAAUAAAUAAGUUAAAGAAAGACUUGAAGAAGGUCAGGAGGGGGCCGAACACUGCUGAGAGCCGGCAGAAAAUGAAAGAUAUCCAGGUUUUGAUUGAAAACCUGCUGGAUCAAGAAGAGCAUAUCUGGUUCUAA